ACUUCUUCUCUUCCUUCUCAGCUUUUCUUCCUUUCUCUUCUCACGUUCCCCCCCUGACUAACGGGGCUCUUGCCGGCAAUUCUUUGGGUUGGAGAGACGAUUUUGUUCAAAGGAUGCUGGGAAUCUUUGUACAUGUCUGAGAACAGGUGAGUUGCCCGGUCGGGCUUAUAUUUGCAGUAUCAUCAGUUCAAAUGCCGUGGCUUCCUAUUUCACCACUUUUGGAUACCUCAGGACAUCAGGCCACCUACCGUGUCGUCACUUCCUCCACAACAUGCUCUUCCUCCAUCUUCAUCUCCAUACGAUUAAAUUCUUCAUCUUCCCCAGUCUACUGUCUCAACUAACAACCCCAGGGUGCAAACCCACUCAUAGUAGCCACUGGCUCCCUCGCUGUGAUAUCAUUGUACUCGAAGAAGACAAUGCCAUACACAUCGCCGCUUCAGAUGUCACCCACAGCGCCACUCCCACCUCAUCUCACGCAGACUCCAGUCACUCCAGUCACUGCAGAAGCAAUGCAUACUCACUCCUCCCCCUCUGAGACGGCGCCUGCGUCUUCCUCACAUUUCCUGUCACACGCACAUCCCCGAUCAACUUUACCUCGCUCGUCCUUUUCAUCACAGUCAUAUCUUCGUCGACACCGACGCAGUCCUUCAUAUAGCAAAGUGUCGCUUCCCAACGCAGAAAACACCUCGACCGACAGGACUUCAUUGUCUAUGACGGUCGACCCACAUGCCAGCCUUCGACAAUCGCCUCCCCCACGAAACAACGCCAUCAUUCCCUCAGGCGCCGUGAUAUCUCCACCAGAGUCGACGGGAAACUCGAGCGACGAGGAAGCGUCCCCAACCGAUGUUCGUCAUGUGGAUUUGAUCGACGCUGCUAUUCGGACGCUGAACGCGCAAAAGAAGAAUGAAGGCCUGGAGCAAGAGAAGAAGGAAGUUUCCAGCGUGCCUGCACUCACACCAGAAGCACGAAAGAUUUCUCAUUCGCGCUCGUCCACAGAAGGCAGUCUGCCGUUGAUUACCGACAUGAUAGAAACGUCUUCUGAGAGUGAUCGUGAUGAAGACGGCGACGAAGGACCGAAACCGCCCAUGGUUCGCAAGAAAUCGGGUGAAUUGGUUCGUCCGGCGUUGCGGUCGCGGCGUCGCCCUUCGAGCAUGCCCGGCACUCCCACAUUCUCGAAAAACGUCCACUUCGAUGCCCAGCUAGAACAUAUCCGACACUUUCUUCAGCUUGACAAACCAUUGGCGGUCAGUGCCAACACCUCACCGGUUGAAACAUACAAUGAGGAGCACGAGUAUCCGUUCAAUAGAAAGUCACAGCCGAGUGUCGAAUGGGAGAUCAAGUUGCCCAAUUUCCCCUCCAACCCAGCCGCCCGAAAGCAGCAGCCCAUCCGUUUGGAACGCGUGUUUUUCUCUCCUGAUCACAAAAACCUGGUGGGUGUGGUGUCUGUUGCGAAUCUGGCGUUUCAGAAACACGUUGUGGCUCGUUUCACUGUUGAUUAUUGGAAAACGGUAUCCGAAGUCACGGCGGAGUAUAACCACGAUAUUCGCAAAAGACAGGCCCACGAUGGAUACGAUCGGUUUGAUUUCAGUAUCAAACUGUCUGACAUCACAGACUUGGAAUCCAAGGUCCUUCAAGUCUGCAUUCGCUAUUCAGUGAACGGACAGGAAUACUGGGACAACAACGACAACAUGAACUACCAGAUCCAAUUCGUCAAGUCUGAAAAGACUCUAAAUAACGAAUCGGCUCAGCAAGCUCAACCUCGCGAUCGUGCUCGCGCAUUGCCUCGCAGUCGGCACAGUCCGUCUACCACAGCCCGGCCCCGUUCGAUGCCACCUGCAAGUUUUGACGACUUUGGCCCUUCGUUUGAUGGAAGCGAUCGACAUGACGAUGGAUUGGGAUUCCGGUUGUCCACCGUGGAUUCCUACGAUUUCUUGGAAGCACCCAAACCGAGAGAGAAGCCUAAUCGCCAAGCGUUUGGUAACCGAUAUGAUUUUGGACUGUCGCUUUCGGCUGCACGAAGCAGUGGUGCCACCGAAGACCGCACGACGUUGUCAGCAAAAGCAAAGUCGAUGUCUUCUCGAGGCGAGAGCCUGGCCACUGCCCAUGCUCAUCCAAAGGAUAGUUUCCAAGUGUCUGCUAUUGUGUCGAGCAAACCUCAUUUGGAGUCUCCUACCUACAAGGAAUUGGUAGACAAGUACUGCUUCUUUGGUUCGCCCAAAGUGGAAGGCAGUUUGAACUCUAGCAAGAGCAAUUCUGGCAGUGUCUCGCCGGAUCAAAUGCCCCGUGUUGACUCCGGAGUUGCCAUGAACUUGGCUACUGGAAACUCCUCAUCCGUUGGCGCCUUCAAUGGGUCGUCCGAUUUUCUCAAUUCCUUGUAUCGGGAACAUCUUCCUCGGUCUUCAUUUCUUUCUGAAUCGCAGCCUGCUGCUAUUCUUGGUUGAUCAACUCAUCUCCGACCACGACGAUACCUCACACAAUCUAGCCCAAGAUUGUGUGCAAAUCUUUCAACAUACACCUAAUAUCCUCUCGACAUGAUACCUGAGCAUAUCGACCACUUCUCUUCUAUCAGGGUUUAUCGAAUAUUUUUAUCGUCUAGGCAUUUUAACUGAGUUUGUUAUUGUGGGUUUAUCGGCGUUUUAACUUGUCGACGACAAGUAUUGUUGCAUUUGAUUCGCACGGAGUUUGGGAAAAAGUUCGUCGUUGUCGAUCGGUCGGUCGAUUGCAUCGAAUCGAACAUGGUUAUGCGGUUUUUCUUCUUCUUUUGUACUCUCUACUUGACGAUUCGAGAGGCGUUCCGUUUCGUUCCGUUCUGUUCUGUCAUAUAUAUUGUUAUCCUUUGCAGCCAUGAGUCCAAUGACCGUGGUGUUUGUCUUUGUCCGAGUUGUUUAUUUCGUUCAAUUGUCCGUCCGUCUGAUGAGAAGACGAUGUGAUGAGAUUAUGAGAUAAGAGUUAUGUUAUACAUAUUCAUAUGUCAU